AUGAUAAUUCGUCUUCAGAAGUAUGACCUAGAGGUGAGGUACGAGAAGGGAAGCAAGAUGUUUCUGGCCGAUACCCUCUUGAGAGCAUUUCGCCCUGCCAGUGAGCAAGACGAGAAUGAGUUCGAGACAAUCAACAUGAUGAAGUAUUUGCCUGUAUCGGAAGAAAGGCUUGUGCAGAUUCAGCGAGAUACUGAAGCAGAUGACUCUCUUCAAGUGCUGAAAGCCGUGAUUCAGAAGGGCUGGCCAGAGUAUAAGAGUAACAUGCCUAGUGUCAUUUCUCCUUACUUCAACAUGCGUGAUGAGAUGUCGAUCCAGGACGGUCUCAUCUUUAAGGGAGAACGCAUCUUGGUUCCACAAGCGUCAAGGAGCGAGCUGUUAAGACAAAUUCACAACUCACAUCUUGGGGUUAAUGGCUGUCUAAACAAAGUCCGUGAGUGUCUCUGUUGGCCCGGGAUGACAGCUGACAUUAAGAACUAUGUGUCAACCUGUGAGGCAUGUCGAGAGUUUGAGCGGGGUCAAGUCAAGGAAACAAUGAUGUCCCCUGAGACACCAAAUCGACCCUGGCAACGAGUGGCUGCAGAUUUUAUUCCCAAGCAGCUGGUGACAGAUAACAGUUCACAAUUUUCGUCAUACGAUUUCCUGAAAUUCGCAAAAGACUGGGACUUUGAACAUCUGACCAGCAGACCACACCACAGCCAAGGAAAUGGUAAAGCAGAGAGUGCAGUGAAGGAAGCAAAGAAAAUUCUCAGAAAGUGCAAGUCCAGUGGAUCUAAUGCUUUUCUAGCCUUACUCAAUCAUCGUAACACCCCAUCUGCCGGUAUCCAAAUUAGUCCAGCACAGCGCCUCUUCAACAGAAGGGCUAGAAGUCAACUACCAAUGACAGCUAACCUGCUUGCACCACAGGCAGUUCCAGACAAUGAGCGGUGCCAAGUCAAGCUUGAACAGCGCAAACAGCAACAAGCUCAGUAUUACAACAGAGAGGCUAUUGAUCUGGAUCCGUUAAAGAGAGGAGAUACUGUGAGACUGAAACUGCUCCUUUUGGGCAAGUGCGAAUGGCAGAAAGGAAUUGUACGAAAGCGACUGGACAAGAGAUCGUACAAGGUCGAGACGCCUUACAAUGUUGUGCGUCGCAACCGUGUUCACCUACGUUUGACAAAUGAGCCAUCACCGCCAUUAACAGAUGAGAUACCUAAUAAGAUAUCUACUGAGGUACCAGAGGUGCCUGCUCCCUCUUUUGCACAGUCAUACGAGUUGCAGACAAGUUCUUCUGGAGAAGUUAGUCUACCUACGUCGAGUCAAGGAAGUUCGUCUCUGAGUGGCUUGGAAGUUCCUUCAGCUGCAGUGAUGUCACCACCCAAGCUGGUGCUUAGACGAUCAGUGCAUCAGUGA